GACCCGACGCCUCCCCGCCCGACCAGGUGCCUCGAGUGCGCACCGCUGGGAGGGCUCUCCCGGGCUCGGCGAGACUCACGCCCGCGAUGUGCUAGGGCGGCGGCGACGGUGACGGGCGUGGGGCGCGGCGCUGCCUCGGCUGCCGGGUAGUUGCAGCGAGCGCUCGGGCCGGCCUGGAGUCUCCGAGCUGAGCCGCCGCGCCUGCAUCGUGCGGCACGCCGCGGAGGCGCUCGGGGACAGACCGCGCGGGCGCGCACAAAAAGGCCCGGGGCGACGCGCGCUGCGCGGACCCUCGGUGGGCAGCGCACCCCAGUCUCCGCCGGCUAGCGGCUGCAGGGAGCUCCGGCCCGCGGCCCCUCCGCCUCAACUCUGGGAGCUGCCGGCCCCACUCUGUCUUUGCCUAUGGGGAUCCGAGAGUUUCCCAGCGGCGCACCCAGGGGAAAGAGCAUCGCUGUUGGCAUGAGGAGGUCACCGGACGUCAGCCCCCGGAGACUGUCCGACAUCAGCCCCCAGCUCCGGCAGCUCAAGUACUUGGUGGUGGACGAGGCGAUUAAGGAGGAUCUGAAAUGGUCGCGCUCCGUGGAAGAUCUCACCAGCGGGCCCGUGGGGCUCACGUCCAUCGAGGAGCGGAUCCUGCGCAUCACUGGCUACUAUGGCUACCAGCCCUGGGCAGCGAGCUGCAAAAGGGAGGAGCGCCCCCGGGACUCCCCGGGCCCGGCGGAGGCCCAGGCGCCGGCCGGGGUGGAGACCGGCGGGAGAGCGAGCCGCCGCUGCUGGACGUGCUCCCGGGCGCAGCUCAAGAAGAUCUUCUGGGGCGUGGCGGUCGUGCUGUGCGUGUGCUCCUCGUGGGCGGGCUCCACGCAGCUCGCCAAGCUGACCUUCAGGAAGUUCGACGCACCCUUCACCCUCACGUGGUUUGCCACCAACUGGAACUUUUUAUUCUUCCCGUUGUACUACGUGGGGCACGUCUGCAAGUCCACAGAGAAGCAGUCGUUGAAGCAGAGAUACAGGGAAUGCUGUCGAUUUUUUGGAGACAAUGGCUUGACUUUGAAGGUGUUUUUUACCAAGGCAGCACCCUUUGGUGUUCUUUGGACACUCACAAACUACCUGUACUUACAUGCAAUAAAGAAAAUAAACACUACGGAUGUCUCCGUGUUGUUCUGCUGCAACAAAGCUUUUGUGUUCUUGCUCUCAUGGAUCGUUCUCAGGGACAGAUUCAUGGGAGUGAGGAUUGUGGCUGCCAUCCUCGCCAUCGCUGGCAUUGUGAUGAUGACCUACGCUGAUGGCUUCCACAGCCACUCCGUCAUCGGCAUCGCACUGGUGGUGGCCUCAGCAUCCAUGUCUGCCCUCUACAAGGUUUUGUUCAAGCUCCUCCUGGGCAGUGCUAAGUUUGGAGAAGCCGCCUUAUUUUUGUCCAUCUUGGGUGUGUUUAACAUCCUCUUCAUCACCUGCAUUCCUAUUAUCCUCUACUUUACCAAAGUGGAAUACUGGAGCUCUUUUGAUGACAUUCCAUGGGGAAAUCUUUGUGGAUUUUCAGUUCUCUUAUUGACAUUCAAUAUUGUAUUAAAUUUUGGAAUUGCUGUUACAUAUCCCACUCUGAUGUCUCUUGGAAUCGUCCUCAGCGUACCUGUGAAUGCAGUGAUUGAUCACUACACCAGUCAGAUCGUCUUCAAUGGGGUCCGGGUCAUCGCCAUCAUCAUCAUCGGCCUGGGUUUUCUCCUCCUGCUCCUGCCAGAGGAGUGGGAUGUGUGGUUGAUCAAGCUGCUAACCCGCCUCAAAGUGAGGAAGAAGGAGGAGCCUGCAGAGGGCGCUGCCGACCUGAGCUCAGGACCUCAGAGCAAGAACAGAAGAGCCCGCCCUUCCUUCGCCCGCUAAUACCACUCCUCUAGAACUCGGUGGUAAUGACUGGGAGGUCUAUUCCUGCCGGGAGGAACCUCAGUUGGGUAAGGUGUACAUACCUGUACAGUUUUGGUCAUCUGCGGUAAGUUCUAUGGUAUUUAUUGGCAUGUCCAAUUUGCUUGCACUUUUCCACAUCAGACCUUCCACUAAAGGGUACCAAUUCAAUACAAAAGAGAAAAGAAGAACCUCUCAGUGCUUUUCCAGCGAAUGUAAAGUGGGUUUAAAAGAUCCCUGCAUAGAUCGUUUUGGAUGGCUGACAUUCUUGACAAGUCAGGGCAAGUGUUUAGAAUCUUAGCAACUGAACAUGACAUUGUACACUGUGAUUAUUUUUCAGCUAUGGUAGGUCAUAUUUUGUUUUAUACCAGAGCUGUACUCUUAAUUUUAAGGAGUUUCAAUGAACCAAAAGAUAACUGUCAAUUUAUUUGGAUGGAUGGAUGGAUGGAGGGAUGGAAGAAGGGAGGGAAGGAUGUCUGGGAUGUGAAGAGGCAAGGCAGAAAUGGAUGAUGAACAUCAAAAACUAUCAGAGGACAGGUCUGUGCCAGGUACCAGGAAGGACAAGAUAAGUCCAAGCCCCGGCUGGCCUGCUCUCAUGUGUCUGUGUAAGAUUGUGCAAGAGAAAUCACAGUGCCUUCUCCAGAAUUUUCGUCUUUACCUAUGUGAAGCGAGGUGACGUGAUACGUCACUGGCGCCGUCUUACAAUUUAGAUGUAAAAAUCUUUAGAAACAAAUAAAACUCUCUAUAUAUGUGUAUGUCUGUGUACAAAAAUGACAGAGCUGAUGGCCAGUGUAUACGGAGUGUGGCCCAGGGUGUACAAUACCCAUAUAAGGUACCUUGUGCAGGAGGGGAAUUGCUGGCUGCUUUUACUUCCUGACCAAGACUGAAAAAUUAUUCACUGAAAUCUGUAAACCUUUUUAUGAAACUUUUAAGCACCAGGCUGUUUACUUACACAAUUUAGGUCUGCCAGAAAAUUCUAUCUGUGAUAGAUCUGUAAGGAGGGUCAGGGGUUAGAGUUUACUAUUUUUGAAGUUUACAUUGUUACAUAUGAAAUGGAAACAUUAUUUUGAAACGUUGUCAUAACCCAAUGGUGCAUUCUGUAACCAUGGAGUCCUUUGUUUCCUGGGGGAAAGGGGCAUUCAUGACCUGAAGUUUUUAGCAAAUUAUUAUUCUCAGUUUCCAUUACCUGUUUGGCCAAACAGAUUAAUAAAAUAUUUGAAAAAGAAGCAUU